AUGCGAAUUCACAGCGGCUUUGUUGCAGCUUUGGGGCUGCUCAGCUACGUCAGAGCAGCCACUUGGAUGCUGUCGGAUACUGUUCAGGGCGACGACUAUUACGAUAAAUUCAACUUUUUCUCGGGAAAUGAUUUGCAGCUUACACAAGGCCUCGUCAACUACGUGGAUCUUCAAACAGCGAAAGAUAUGAAUCUAACUUACGUGGAUGGCAACAACUUUGUUAUGCGUGUCGACACGACAAAGGAGCAGCCACAGGGACGCCCAAGUGUGCGAAUUGAGUCGAAGAAAACUUACGGUGACUCGGUGAUUGUCCUUCAAGUAUCCCAUGUGCCGACGGGCUGUGCUGUUUGGCCCGCAUUUUGGACCGUAACGCGGAAUCAACAAGCUUGGCCAGCGGGUGGUGAAAUUGAUAUUAUCGAGAAUGUCAAUGAUCAGUAUCAGUAUAAUCAGGGAUCGGUACAUGUUGAGUCAGGCACGACAGUCUUCAGUCAGUGCAAUGCGAGCGCAAACGAAAACUCAGGCUGUCGAAUUGCUAUGAAUGGAACCAAAACCGACACUGGAGGAGUGGCUCUGAACCAAAACGGUGGGGGUGUAGUUGCUCUGCAGCGCGACUUUUCUGAAGGCGGCCAAGGCAUUCGUAUGUGGUUCUGGAGUCCAGACUCAGUGCCGAGUGACCUGAAAAACCCAGGUGAAAGUGUCGAUCCUUCCCGCUGGGGCAGGCCUGCUGCCGACUUUGGCCUGUCGCAAUGCUCUGACAAAUUUGACGACCAUGUCAUUGUUUUUGACAUAACACUGUGUGGCAGUUGGGCAGGGACUGCAUAUGACCAAUCCUCUUGCGCGUCCAAGUAUCCUGGUUGCGGCGCCCAGGUAGGACAAAAUGGUGAUUCGUUUAAUGAGGCGUAUUGGGAAGUGCAAAGUUUGUUCAUUUAUACUUCGAGCGCUUUUAAAGUG